ACUUAAUAGGCGUGAUGGGCGACGGCGGAGAAAGUUUUCCUGGUUGUGUCUUCGGUGCCACGUCAAAUGACGGAAGCGGGAGGCGGCGUCCCCCCUGGGGGCGGAGGCGCUGGAGUAAAGACGAGAGAACCGCAGUCCGUCUUUUAGAACCGGGAAACGAUCGAAGAGCGGAAACGUCAAGAUCCACCGAGUGUCUGCAAAAACACAUGAGAUUUGUAAACAUGAAGAAUGAUAAACUGGCACAGAGUCUGGCUGAAGCUGGCCAGUCUCAUCUGCUGCAGUUCUGGGACCAGUUGAAUCCUGAGGAACAAUCAGAGCUGGCUAGAGAGCUUGAGGUUAUGGACUUCCAGGAGAUUAACACCUUCUUCAAAAAGGCCAUGGAGAAUUCUGGUCAGAGCAAGCAGGAGAAGGUGGACAGCAGGAUGGAGCCUGUGCCACGUGAAGUUCUGGGCAGCGUGACACGUGACCACGAUUCUCUGAAAGAGUGGGAGGAAGAAGGUUUGAGAUGUAUAUCACAGAAUAAAGUGGCAGUUCUGCUACUAGCGGGAGGUCAGGGAACCAGACUCGGGGUGACGUACCCUAAAGGCAUGUAUGAUGUCGGCCUGCCUUCGCACAAAACCCUGUUUCAGAUCCAAGCCGAGCGCAUCAUCCGACUAGAGCAGCUCGCGAAGCAGGAGUACGGCGCAGAGUGCUGCAUCCCAUGGUACAUAAUGACGAGCGGCAGAACAAUGGAGUCCACCGAAAAGUUCUUUUCCAAACACAAGUACUUUGGCCUGAAGAAAGAGAACGUCAUAUUCUUCCAGCAGGGCAUGCUUCCUGCCAUGGACUUCAAUGGCAAGAUCAUACUCGAAAGCAAAGGCAAACUCUCCAUGGCACCAGACGGCAACGGAGGCCUUUACCGAGCGCUGGGAGUGUAUAAGAUUGUGGAGGACAUGGAGAAAAGAGGAAUCAACUACAUCCACGUCUACUGCGUGGACAACAUCCUGGUGAAAGUGGCCGAUCCGGCUUUUGUUGGGUUUUGUGUGCGUAAGGGAGCAGACUGCGGCGCCAAGGUGGUUGAGAAAAACAAUCCGACCGAGGCAGUGGGCGUGGUCUGUAAGGUGGAUGGCCGGUACCAAGUUGUAGAGUACAGCGAAAUCACAAUGGCUACAGCUCAGAAGCGCAGCGCCGACGGUCGACUCAUGUUUAACGCGGGAAACGUGGCCAAUCAUUUCUUCACUCUUUCUUUCCUCAAAGACAUCGUCAAUACCCAUGAGCCUCAACUGCAGCACCAUGUGGCUCAGAAGAAAAUCCCCUACGUGGACGCACAAGGCGAGCAGGUCAACCCCGAGAAACCCAACGGAAUUAAGAUGGAAAAAUUCGUGUUUGACAUCUUCCAGUUUGCCAAGAGGUUUGUGGUGUAUGAGGUGCUGAGAGAGGAUGAGUUUUCUCCACUGAAGAAUGCAGACAUUCAGGAUGUGAAGGACACUCCCACAACUGCACGCCAUGCCCUUAUGUCCCUGCACCACCGCUGGAUCCUAAACGCAGGCGGCCAUUUUAUUGAUGAGAAUGGAACCCGUGUGCCUGCUAUACCCAGACACGGACCAGCAGGGGCACUCAUACCUGAUGGCAGCCAGAAUCUGAAGGAUGGAACUGACCUGCCAAUGAAAUGUGAGAUCUCUCCACUUGUGUCCUAUGGGGGAGAGGGACUGGAGAAACUGGUGCAGGGUAGAGAAUUUCACCCAACACUGAUCAUCAGCGAAACUGGAAUCAACGAGCGUGUGAAAAACGGACUGUGAACCACGAGCUCGACACCCGAAAACCAGCAUGGAUGCCGUUUUUUCCUCCCCUUCUUCUGCCCUCCCUCUUCCUAUCAGGCUGGGAGAAAAUGUGACAUUCUAGUGCAAUAAGAU